AAAAAAAAAAAAAAAAACGUUCUUGAUUUUUACUGUUUUUCUUUGGUUAACCUCUUUAUUUUUGCAGUUGAAUGUCACUAUAAGAGAGUUAUGACAAGAAAAAACAUGCAUGGUAUAAGUUUAAUUGUUGAUGCAACGUUGAAUAUUAGAAAUGUAUAAAAUUCUUAGUUCUUUUUUUUUUUUUUUUUUGACUAAUUUUGAAAAUUCUUAGUUCUUUAUCGACGUAAACCUAAUGGCACUAAAUGUAAGUUAAUUAGCUUGUGAAUUUACGUACGUAUUAAGUUCAAAUUUUUUAAUGUAACUCGGAUCAAAUCCCUUCCAAUCGGUCAUUUUUUCUUUUCAUUCCGCUGUUAACCAAUACAGGCAGUGUUUCAAAACCAAAAAAAAAAAAAACAAUACAGGCUAGAAAAGGAUCAGAUUUGGAAGGUCCGCAUAGCCGUAUAUUCUGUGCAUAACACAAUCAUACUAAAUAAACCCAUCAAAUAUAGAUCUUUUUGAACUGAAAGGAGACAAGAAAACAAAUACAUGCAUCAAAUAUUUUCAACAAUAAUGGGAAGCUAGUCGGUCACACUCCACAAGUGGCCUUUGUUUUUGUGUUGUUUCGUUGAAGGGCCUCGAAUCAAUGGUGUGGAAUACUUUCUCCUUAUCUCCCUUUCGCUCUCGCUCCAAUAUAAUGAUGAACCCCUCACUUCCUUUUAAAUAUAACACAAUCAUCAAGUUGCAACAAAACCUCACAAUAAAAGAAACAAAAAACUUCUAUAUAUAUAUAGAGAGAGAAACAGUGAUGGAGAACUCAAAGGAUGAGACAGUGAAGAAUUGGGAGAAGAAGAAGAAGCCGUCUUCACCAAAACUAGUUGGGAAGUUUCUGAAAAAGAAGAGAGGAAGGUUCUACAUUAUUGGAAAAUGUAUUUAUAUGCUUCUUUGUUCGCACGAGUAAUCAUCAACUAAGAGAAUUAUAUAUGGAUGAUAAUGAAGGCAUGAAAAGGAGAUCAUAUAGCUCAAAUAACAUAUUUAUUGUCUCCGUUGUCUUUCCUCAGCUUUAUGCGGGUCAUGUGUUCUUGUUGUUAUAUAUUACUCAAUAUUUUUCUUGCCAACUACACAUAUGUGCCCCAAUAUAUUUUUCCUGUUAACGUAUGGUUCAUUUAAUUUGAUCAA